AGUAAAACUUUUCUAGAUUAUUUUAUUUUUCAAAUGGAAUACAGUUUCUCAGUUUUUGCCUUAAGAACGUAUUUCGUAAAAACACUUUUGCAUACAAAUUUGCGCGCACAACAAAUAAGCACGAGUUAAUUUGUAACUGGAAAAGAUUGAAAAAGAAAAAAACAAAAAGCAUUUCCAAGGGCGGAAAAUGUAUAAUAUAUAAUACGGCAACUGCUACUCCAAACUGUGGGUUACAUAUAUAUUUUUUUUUAAUAAAUUAUUCGAAUUUUUUUAUUUCCGCUGUACGGCAUAUUAGGAGCAUUUUCUCACAAUUCACCAUGGUAGAGAGAACCAACAGGAUCACCUUUUCCAACAUUGUUGCGAUCACACUGUUAGUACUGGCCUCGAACUAUUCCAAUGAGCCAAGCAACUAUGACGUGCCACUGAACGAAGAAGCGAACUACCUAAUGGGGAGCCAUGCAGGUGCCAGAACGAGCAGACUAUUAGGACACAGAGGAAUGGACGCAGAUCGUCGAAAAAGGCAAACUGGUUUUAAAAGUAAAACAAAGGAUCUCAUCGAUAUGGACGACAACGCGUAUAGUGACACCAGCUCAGUUAAUGAAAGCUUGGAAUCAUUUAGCUCCAUCAGUACGUACGAAAGUUCUGAUGCAAGCAUGGACGAUGUUAGUACUAUGACUAGUGCUAGUGCGGAUUCGUUGAACUCCAUGGCGCCGUCAGAAGCGAGCUCAUACCAGAGCAGCCACUUUUCAAGCGCGACUACACCCUCAUUGAAGGACCGUUUUAACAAAUUGAAUAAAACUAAUAAUAGCCACACCAUGACUGGUACCCGCACGCCCCAAUUGAAAGAUAGCUUUCGCAAAACCAACACAUUUGACGAUAGCAGCAGCACCAUGUCCAGUCUCGACUCCCUAAGUUCCGAGGCGCCCUCACAAGCAAGUACCUACCAGAGCGGCAAUUACUCCAGCGUGGAUUCUUUAAAUUCCGAGGCGCCCUCACAAGCCAGUACCUACGAUAGCAGCAACUUCUCCAGCGUAGAUUCCCUAAACUCCGUGGCGCCCUCACAAGCCAGUACCUACGAUAGCAGCAACUUCUCCAGCGUGGAUUCUUUAAACUCUGUGGCGCCCUCACAAGCCAGUACCUACGAUAGCAGCAACUUCUCCAGCGUGGAUUCUUUAAACUCUGUGGCGCCCUCAGAAGCAAGUACCUACCAGAGCAGCAAUUUGUCCACCAGCACUAAACGUACAUUGAAGGACCGCUUUAACAAAUUGAAAAAAGGUAGCUCUAGUAAAAGCACCAUGUCCAGUGUGGAUUCCCUAAAUUCAAUAACUCCCUCAGAAGCGAGUAAAUUCCAGAGCACAGAUUUUUCCAGUGUGAAUAAGCGCAAAUUUACAGAACGCUUUAACAAAUCUCGUAAACAGACCGAUGGCAGCUCCGUGUCUACUCUGGACUCCCUAAGCACCAUGGACACUUCAGAUGGAAGCCUGUACGAUGAAAGUAACCUGUCUAGUUUAAAUUCUCUAAGAAUGAAAAGAGACUUUAAAGGAUAUAAUAUGGAUACUAGUACUGCCUCCAGUUUGAAUUCCAUAAGUAUGCUGGACAUUUCAGAGGAUAACAAAUUUAAUAGUAGUGCUAUGUCUAGCAUUAACACAUUAGGAAUCAUGGACGACUCGACUACUUCCCUGGACUACGAAAGUUCAUACGAUACAGACUAUGAUGGAUCUGUUUAUGACUCACGAAGAAAGUACAAUAGAAGAGGUACAUACGAUUACGAUGGUGAUUACGAAAGUAGUUACUACAGUCGCGAUACGGGAUCUAGGCUCUCAGAUUAUGAUGGUGAUGAAUCGUCCAUAUCAUCACUUCCGCUAGUGAAGCAGUCCUACGAUUUAUGUCAGUUACCACCCAAAAGAAAAAAAACAGGAGUAACUGGACUUAUUAAGAAAAUAGAUAAAUCGUAUGAGAAGCAAUUUAUGAAACUCCUUGCCAAAGAUCACAGAAAUACCAAAGCAGGGCAAAGCAAAACCUCUAGGAAGGCCAAGCUGUACGCCAAAAUUCUUUCUCCUCUCAUAGCUAGCGCUUCAGUUGUACUUGGCAUGAUGUGGCUUGGAUAUGCCACUCCGUUUAUCUACGCUGGAGGUGCCUUAUACCUAGUAGCCUCAUCAUACGUCUAUAAGAAGUACAGAAAAAGUGUUAAAAAGCACAACAAGCAAGAUGCCCUUGGCUUCCCAGAAAGAAGAGCCAUCACUUUUUAAGCCCCAGGAAAAAUCGAAAACAAAAUAAAAAUAAAAUCUCACUAUAUAUAACAAAUCACCAUUUUUAAUAUUCGUAAAUAUUUCCCCAUCUCAAGAGCCUUUUUUGUCAUCG